AUGCAGCGAUCCUGUCGCCCCGGACAUGACGCCUUUGGAGCCGCCCCAUUCGUGGUCGGGGCCGCCUUCGCUUUGGGCGGCGAGGAGCUCCGUGCCUUGAUCGCCAGCGGCGAGCAGCAGUUGGCCGAGGCGCGCGGACGCGCACGAGGUCUCGACGUGGACGCCGCGCGCCGUGCGGUGGCCGCCGCCACGUCGGAAGCCAAAGCCGCCGCGCUGCGGCUCAAGGUCCGAGUGCAGUGCUGGCGAGCACGGCGGACGCUCGAUGGAGGUCCCAUCCUCCGGGAGGCGGAGGAGGAGAUCGAAGCCGAGGCGGCCCAGUUUCACAAGGCGAAGUGCAGCAGGGGAGUGGCCUGGAUGCGCCUGUCUUUGGCAGAGAUCGACCUGCAGCGCGGGGGUCUUUGCCGCUGUGGCAGUGCGGCGGACUUGGCCCUGGAGGCUUUGGAAGAGCUGCCUGAAGCUCAGCAGGAGGCCAAGCUCUUGCAUGCAGCAGCCUUGUUGGGCUCGGGACGGCCAGCUGAGGCGUGA